GGACACCUGAAAAUAUGAAAUUUCUCUUCAUUCUUCAACUUGGAUAAUGCGGAUUAAAACUUGAAAAAUUUUCAGUGAAUCUCGGAUAAAUAUUAUUUAAAAAACGUUAUCGUUCUUGCUAUUAAGGCCCUAAUAUAUUCUUAUCCAAUCUUGAAAAAGUCUUAGACAAUACAAUCUUAGUAAGAUCUUAGAAUAAUCUUAUUAAGAUCUUAGUAAGAUUUCGCUUACAUUUGUCUAAGAUCUUUUUUCUGAAUGAUUUUUAAAGAAAAAGCGUUGAAUUUUUUCUAUCUUUCAAUCGGUAAAAGCCGAUCGAUUAAAGUAGCUGAAGCGGAUCAGAAUGGUAAUCGAUCAAGCCGGUCCAGUAUAGGGAAUGAUUUAUGCUUGGAUACCGAUAUCUUAACGUUAUUGUUAUCGAAUGUUCGAUACUGAUACCGGUAACCUAUCAGUAUCGAAAAUUACUGAAUGAUUAAUCGAGUAAUAUAGUUCUUUUCUUUUCAGAGAUACCCAUAUUCGGGGUUAGCUCGGUACGUUGAUGAUUUACUUAUUGUGUCAGAACUAACAGAAAAACAGAUUAAAACUUUAGUUGAAGAGUUCAAUAAUUUGAAUGAAAACUUAAAAUUUGAAAUGGAAUUUGAGAAAAAUCAUUGUAUCACGUUUCUAGAUGUUUGCAUUAAGUUCAAUUCUGAUGAAGUACGUUUAGAAACGAAUUGGUACAGAAAACCAACGGCUAGUAAACGAUUACUUCAUUAUGAAUCUGAUCACAGUCAAGCAAUGAAGAAAAACAUUGCCACAAACAUGAUUAAACGGAUUCAAAUAGCAAAUAAUAAUGUUGAUCAUAAUAAUAACGAUUUGACUAACGAUUUGAACAGUGCUUAUCUCACCUAA